AUGCAGGCGGACGAAGAAAUAGAAGAGAAAGGAGACCAGAAUGAGAAAUCUCCGAGGAGCAAGAAGAAGGGUGGCAUCAAGCGCUUUGUCAAGAAGAAGCUUCGCCGAAAUUUUUCGUCGUCUUCCGGUGGGUUUCCCUCGAGCUCGGGAGAAGAAGACUUGUCCCCCCAAGAUACAACAACGACAAGCCACAAGAUUUCACUCCAAGUCGGCGAAAAGGCCGUCCCCAUGGCAGAACAACGGCUGUCGGAAAUGUUGAAAAAGACGCGCUUUGUGCGACGACGCAACAAAAUGCUGGGAAUGCUGUCGUUCCAACCAGAUGCCUUUGAAGUGGGCGAAUUGGUGGCACGAGGAGGAUUUGCCAAUGUGCACAAAUUGGAGACGUGGCUGUGCGAUUGCGAUUUGAACGAAGAUGAGAAUUGGGGCAAACAAUACGUCCUGAAAAGCCUAAGAGCUGAUGGAGCACGAACUGCCGAACGGUUGGCUUCCAUGGCGAGUGAUUUGAUGAUGGAAGCGCACAUUCUGUCGGCUCUGGAGCAUCCUCACGUGUUGGCGUUGCGGGGGAUAUCGACUCGUGGACUGUCUAGCUUGAAACGAGGUCAUGUCGAUGGAUUAUUUCUCAUUCUGGAUUAUCUGCCGACUACUCUCUAUCACAAACUAGUGGAAUGGCAGAAUGCAGAAGAAGAAUUGGAAGAAACACAAUCCACAUCGCCAUCGUUACGUGAUCGAUUCCAAGCAGCCAUUGACUUGGCCAGUGCCCUGAAAUAUGUCCACUCCAAAAAUAUCGUCUACAGAGAUAUCAAGGCCUCAAAUGUCGGGUUUGACGCCCAGGGUUGCCUCAAGUUGUUUGAUUUUGGAUUGGCAGUAGAGAUUCCAAGAUCGUCCGAUCCCAACCGGACGUUUCAGUUGGCCGGUCGCAAAGGAACGGCAAGAUACAUGGCCCCAGAAAACAUCAAGAAGAAGCCCUAUAAUGCCAAAGCGGAUGUCUUUGGAAUGGCCAUUCUCACUUGGCAAAUGCUCGCCUUGUCCAAACCAUUUGCCAAUCAAACAUCUUCGGAUGCCGUCUUGCAAAAGAUCUCCCAUGGAGACCGACCGCCCCUCAAAUUCCUUGCAACCAACUCGUUUCAAUCGACAACGACACAGCCCAAACUAGAACAAUUGUUAGCCACUGCAUGGGCCAAAAGCUUGGAAGAUCGUCCCACCAUGAAAGUCAUGCAUGCUCGACUCGUGCAAAUAUCCAAAGGGGAAUUUGGACGACAUGACGACAAUGACAACCAGAAUGAUAGAAAGGAUGAUAGCCAAAAGACAGGCCAGGAAGAGGCUUACCCGCUUACCGAUGCUAGUGUUACAAGUGCUGACAGCAGCAGCAGCAGAAGUCCUGGGGAAAACGAUGAGAAUGAUAAUUCAAAGCCCGAACAUGGCGGAGAACAAGAAGAUCCCACAGAAACGUUUCAGUAUUUCUGA